AUGGAACCUCUCAAGAUCCAUGUUAACGGCGAAUCAAGCAUCACCCGCCUCGCCGAACAAGGCACCCUCCGCCUCACGGUAGAAUCCGAAGGCCCCGACCUAGAAACCGUCUCCAAAAAUGUCCUCACCCGCUCCAACUCACUGAGCGACCUCUUCAAAACACUCUCCCCAAAAACCACCACUGGCACCGCCACCUCUUCCGCCGCCGUAACAAAAUUCGCCUCAACCUUCCUCCGCACAAGAAACUACACCCCCCGCGACAAAGACAACAAACCCCUACCUAAGGUGUAUCAAGCCUCGAUGUCGUUGAGCGUGAUAUUCCGCGAUAUAACCAAGUUGAGCGAAGUCGUCGGCCAACUCGUCAGCUACUCGAAUGUGGAAAUCAGCGCUAUUGAUUGGAGUUUGAGUGAGGAGACGCAGAAAAACUUGCGCUCGCAGAUGCGGAAGGAGGCUAUUGCUGAUGCGGUGGGUAAGGCGGGUGAUUAUGCGGGGGCUGUGGGGAGGGAGGUUUAUCCGGUUGAGAUUAUGGAUGGGGGGCAGACGGCGACUACGCAGCAUAUCGCUUUUUGGGGGGUUUGGUGCCCCGACUGCGUUUGGGCAGACGAGAUCCCAAGGGGCAGGUUUGUUGGGGGGGCUGCUGCGAGUAGUGGGCCGGAGCCGACGGAGAUGUUGGAUCUUAGUCCGCCGGAUAUUCUGGUUACGAGUUCGGUGAGCGUGCAGUUUCAGUCUGUUCCUGAGAAGUAG